AUGGACAAAGAGUCCAUGUCACCCAAAUUGACACAUAAACCCGCAUCGAUUUCGCCUCUAUCCAAGGCACUUCUGGACUUUGUCCAGUUCCCACCUGAAUGGAGGGUGGGGAGUACAGAACAGAUAAUCGCCAGACUAGAAGUCUGGGAAUCGAUAAGGAAGACCAAGGCACACAGUCAGUGCCUUGGGAACCCCAGAUCUGGGGGACAACCAUCGUUGCAUGGACUUAACAUGUGUGAUAUUUCUUAUCCUUCUUUGGAUAUGUGGGAGCAGAGAUUCUCCCAGAAUAUGGUGGAACGGCACCACAUUGGGCCACAGGAUGACCACCCACACUCAGGGCCAGGUUCAUCAGGUGGUGGGAGGUGGUCUAGCCAAUUACCCUCUGGGAAAUCGCCAAGGAGACUCUCCCAGAAUAUGGUGGAACAGCACCACAUUGGGCCACAGGAUGACCACCUGCAUUUAGGGCCAGGUUCAUCUGGUGGUCUUGCCAAUUACCCUCUGGGAAGUCACCAAGGGGACCUUCCCAAAAUAUGGUGGAACGGCACCACAUCAGGCCACAAGAUAACCACCCAGAAUUGGGGCCAGGUUCAUCAGGUGGUGGGAGGUGGUCUAGCCAAUUACCCCCCGGGAAGUCACCCAUUGCCGAAGCAAUGCCAACACUGGUUUUUCCUCUGGAAAAACCUCAUGGUCUAUCCAUGA